CCCGCCGCCCCGGCCGCGCCCCAGCCCGCGAGCGCAGCACCAGGAGGCCGCCCCGAGCGCGGCCACGAAGACCCCGGCGGCGUCUCUCCGCGGACCGGUUCCACUUUAACUCCAUCAUGUCCUUCGGCAGAGACAUGGAGCUGGAGCACUUUGAUGAGCGGGAUAAGGCUCAGAGAUACAGCAGAGGGUCGCGGGUGAAUGGGCUGCCCAGCCCAACGCACAGCGCCCACUGCAGCUUCUACCGAACCCGCACACUGCAGACCCUCAGUUCUGAGAAGAAGGCCAAGAAAGUUCGUUUCUAUCGAAACGGAGAUAGAUACUUCAAAGGGAUUGUGUAUGCCAUCUCCCCCGACCGCUUCCGAUCAUUUGAGGCCCUGCUGGCUGAUUUGACCCGAACUCUGUCGGAUAACGUGAAUUUGCCCCAGGGAGUGAGAACGAUCUACACCAUUGAUGGACUCAAGAAGAUUUCCAGCCUGGACCAACUGGUGGAAGGAGAGAGCUAUGUGUGUGGCUCAAUAGAGCCCUUCAAGAAACUGGAGUACACCAAGAAUGUGAACCCCAACUGGUCGGUGAAUGUCAAGACCACCUCCGCUUCCCGGGCCGUGUCCUCACUGGCUACUGCCAAAGGGAGCCCUUCGGAGGUGCGGGAGAAUAAGGAUUUCAUUCGGCCCAAGCUGGUCACCAUUAUCAGAAGUGGGGUGAAGCCACGAAAAGCUGUCAGGAUUCUGCUGAACAAGAAAACCGCACAUUCCUUUGAGCAGGUUCUCACUGACAUAACUGAUGCGAUCAAGCUGGACUCGGGAGUGGUAAAGCGCCUGUAUACCCUAGAUGGGAAACAGGUGAUGUGCCUUCAGGACUUUUUUGGUGACGAUGACAUUUUUAUUGCAUGUGGACCGGAGAAGUUCCGUUACCAGGAUGAUUUCUUGCUAGAUGAAAGUGAAUGUCGAGUGGUGAAGUCCACUUCUUACACCAAAAUAGCUUCAUCAUCCCGCAGGAGCGCCACCAAGAGCCCGGGGCCUUCCAGGCGCAGCAAAUCCCCUGCAUCAACCAGCUCAGUUAAUGGAACCCCUGGUAGUCAGCUGUCUACUCCGCGCUCGGGCAAGUCGCCAAGCCCAUCACCCACCAGCCCGGGAAGCCUGCGGAAGCAGAGGAGCUCCCAGCAUGGAGGCUCCUCUACUUCCCUUGCAUCCACCAAAGUCUGCAGCUCAAUGGAUGAGAACGAUGGACCCGGAGAAGGUGAAGUGUCGGAGGAAGGCUUCCAGAUUCCGGCCACAAUAACAGAACGAUAUAAAGUCGGAAGGACAAUAGGGGAUGGAAAUUUUGCUGUUGUCAAGGAAUGUGUAGAAAGGUCAACCGCUAGGGAGUAUGCUCUGAAAAUUAUCAAGAAAAGCAAAUGUCGAGGCAAAGAGCACAUGAUCCAGAAUGAGGUGUCUAUUUUAAGAAGAGUGAAACAUCCCAAUAUUGUUCUUCUGAUCGAAGAGAUGGAUGUGCCAACAGAACUGUAUCUUGUCAUGGAAUUAGUAAAGGGAGGAGACCUCUUUGAUGCCAUUACUUCAACUAACAAAUACACUGAACGAGACGCCAGUGGGAUGCUGUACAAUCUGGCCAGCGCCAUCAAAUACCUGCACAGCCUGAACAUCGUCCACCGGGACAUUAAGCCAGAGAAUCUACUGGUAUAUGAACACCAAGAUGGUAGCAAAUCGCUGAAGCUGGGUGACUUUGGUCUGGCCACCAUUGUCGAUGGUCCCCUGUACACAGUCUGUGGCACCCCAACAUAUGUGGCUCCAGAAAUCAUCGCGGAGACUGGAUAUGGCCUCAAGGUGGACAUCUGGGCAGCUGGUGUAAUCACUUACAUCCUGCUGUGCGGUUUCCCUCCAUUCCGUGGAAGUGGUGACGACCAGGAGGUGCUUUUCGAUCAGAUUUUGAUGGGACAAGUGGACUUUCCUUCUCCGUACUGGGAUAACGUUUCUGACUCGGCAAAGGAGCUCAUCACCAUGAUGUUGUUGGUCGACGUGGAUCAGCGAUUUUCGGCUGUGCAGGUCCUUGAGCAUCCCUGGGUUAAUGAUGACGGCCUCCCAGAAAAUGAACAUCAGCUGUCAGUAGCUGGAAAGAUAAAGAAGCAUUUCAACACAGGCCCCAAGCCGAAUAGCACAGCAGCCGGAGUUUCUGUCAUAGCAACCACCGCUCUUGAUAAGGAGAGGCAGGUUUUCCGACGAAGACGCAACCAGGAUGUGAGAAGCCGGUACAAGGCCCAGCCAGCUCCACCUGAACUCAACUCGGAAUCGGAAGACUACUCCCCAAGCUCAUCUGAGACUGUUCGCUCCCCGAAUUCGCCCUUUUAAUAAGACCCUUUUACUCAAAGUCCUGGCUUAACCCUUUGAGACUCUGAGAUUUUUUUCCAAAUUAAUGUAAAACAGUUUCAUCUGAUCUAUCUAGCACUCAAUGCUUGAAUGGCAAAACAGAAGGUGUGUUUUCUGGUAUCUUUGUAGCGAUUUCUCUUUGCUGAGUGAGAUGACCACAUGUUGUUUGCGAAGACGGCAACUUGCUGCUAAUAGGGUCCUCAAAGGGUUAAGGCUAAUUUGCAACUUUUUUAAACAUAGAAACAAUGAAUGUGUUCAUCAGUCAAACUAGGAUCUGCAGUAUGUAAUAUAGCACAUGUUAACCCUCUGAGUGCAUAGGAUUUUAUGGAGAACCCCUGGAGAGUUUUUCAGGCCUUUGGAUGUAUACACACACAUUUCUUGAUUUUGCUGCAGAUCAAGGGAUGUUACUAGAUGCUGAGAUGUCCAGACAAGAAGGACAUCUAGAACGAUAUCUUGCUUGUCAUUUUUUUUUGUGGGUUUAGAAUAUAGCAGGCUUAUAACUUAGACAUAAGACCUCUCUUUCUUCUUCACAAUCCCAUUAUGAAAGGGACUUUUUUCAUUGAGAGGUAUGACUUUCAGUUGCUGUGAGUCCUGCGUCCCGAGUGGAGGCAGUUGGGUCUGGCUGACAGCCUGACCCAGGACAUAGAUGGCAACCCGCAACCCCCCCCCCCCCGCCCCCGCCGCCCGCCCACCACCACCAUAUCACCUCCACAUGAAGAUGGGCUGGUGAUACCCCAGAAAUGCUGCUUCCAAAUCAGCUGCUGCUAGUGCCAGCACAGACCCUCGGGAGUCACCAUGCCUUGUCCUGUGUGUGGUGAGUGAGGGACUGCCUGCUCAGUAUGAGACGUCUACAGGAAAGCAAAAACAACUGGUGGAAAAGAGCAAUAAAUUGCCAGGUGCUCAAUAGGGCUGGGAUUUCAAACCGAAAGAGGAAACAAGGCCCCGUUCUUUUUCUCACCUGCUUUUCAAGCGCUGCAGUCUUCAGCGUGAAAUUCACGUAGGGUAUAAGAUCCAUACAGAGGAGUGCUGGGGCACAGGAGCCUAGAGCCAAGUGCUUUGCAAGGUGGCCAAGGAGAAAGUACAAGGGGAGGCACACUCCAGAAUGUUCUAAGAAUGGGUUUUAAUAAAAUAAACUAUUGGUAAGAGAAUUCCAUGGGCACCUUUAGGUUUACCUAUUUACAGUCUCCCAGGAAGAACCGGAUGGAAGACCUGGAAGAUACCCCUGAGAAUAAGACCUCUGUUCCCUGAGAUGACCUUUUUAUACCACUGUCUUUAGCUGUCUAGAGAGACAUGUUGUUUUUUUCCCUUUGGGCCAUGUUCUGUCUAAGACCUGUGUUUUCACUCCUGUUACCAAACCUUUCUGCCUAGCCCUAUAUCCCCAGUGAGUUUCUUCUAGAACGUGUUCCAUUUCAGAACGGGGGCCCACAGCCUCCAGUGUGUCACUGCAAUGCGUAGAGAAGAGGCUGGCCAUGGCGUCUUGGAGGCCAGGGUCCAACUCAAAUGUCCUGCUAAGGUUUGCUCAGCUCUAUGACCCAGGAGACAACCAGUGAGUGAUGUCUCAUGAGAUUUGCAACUGGAUGGCUAAACAGCACUUACUAUCUCUGUUCUGAAUAUACUUCAGUAUCUGAAAGUCUUGAAAUUCGUAUAGUCAGUUCUUUAUUUUCAAACACAUGUUGGUCUUCAAUUGCUGCUUUUCACUCUUCAACUUAUAAACUAUAGUCUGUGUUAACAUACAUUUUAAAAAUCACAACACGUCAUGACUUUUGCAACAGAGUUUCCCCAGUUUUUUUUUUUUUUUUUUUUUUUUUUUUUUUUGCUUUUCCACAUUUUGGUUUAUCUCUUUGGUCCGUGUUGUCCUGUCAUAUAAACAGUAGAUCAUUUAUUGAGAGUUUUCUCCCCUUUUAGAGAGUUCUGAAACGAUAGCACACAGCAUCAGAAAGUAGCACAAGGCAGUUGGGUUUUUUGGGGGGGGUGGGGGGAGAGCACAGAACACCAGGAAGGGUGUUGAUGUGUAAGUAGAUUCCAUAUUAGUAAAAUACCUUGAACUGGUCAGAAGUCACUGCUUUCUCUAGAACUAUAAAGCAAAGCACUAUUCUAAGAUUAAGGAGUAGCUCUAUAGCUUGGCCUCAACUUUAAAUGCGUGAAUAUGAAGAAUCCUAUGGACAGAGACCUACCUGCAGAAGUUUGUCACUUUCAUUUCUUUGUCCAAAUUACUGUUUUUCUGGUGGGCAUUACAUAUAUUGCUAUAGCCUCUAUGUACAGAACUUACAGUGCAUGGAUCAGGCCUUUUUCUGUCCAAGUCUAGGGGGACUGUGGAUCCUGUAAAGCUGUGGAGUGUUUCCACACUGCAGAGGAGUAGCUUGGAGGAAUGCGGGGCCCAUCCAGCAUGGGGAUCCUAGCGCAUCACUGUAGAAUUUGAGUGAUCUAUGCUGAAUAAACGGUGGAAUGUGACCUGUCAAGUAGAAAUAUUGAGUAAUCAGAUGGAAUGCAAUCUUCAGCAUUAAGCUAUUGAGAUUCUGAAUGUCAGAGAUGUACUCAGAGGGUUAACAGACAAGCACAAGGCAUGCUGAUUACAUUGGUGUAUCCAGACUGCUUUGCUUUUAGCCAGUGCUUUCAAAUUUUUUUCACGACAUUCUUGGGAUAGUUCAAGUUUGAAAUAAUUAAGUGGUGGUGUUCUUUAAGGAAUUUCUAUAGCCAAAUUGAUCUUAUUUUUUAUUUCACUUUAUCAUAGAAUAAAUAUGUAUCAUUAUGGCAGUGUAUCUCUGUAAUUAUCGAUUUAAUCAUUGCCACAGUGUUUCCAUAUAUUUUUUUUCUAAGUAUUUACUAUAGCUCUUAUGGUGGUGGCCUGGUGAUGGGGACUGUCUUUCCUUUAUCGAUACAUGACCAACCAGAUGGUAUUUUCAAGGGAAUUUUUAGAUACAUCUUUUUAGUUGGGUAGUAGACUAACUAAAGAAGAACUCCAUGACUUGCAUCGUGUAAAUCAUCUUGGUAGAUGAGAACUGUUCCUAUUGAUGAAGACAUUGUAGCAGAAAUCAUUUUAUUCGUCAUAAUCAAUGAAUAUGUGAUUUGCUCCACAUCAUUAGAAGGAAAAGUAAGAUUUCAGUCAUUGAAAAUGUUUUUACUGUAGCCCUCAUCUAACUAACACGUGGUGCAUAUUAAAAUAAGCAGAGAAAAAAAUACAAAUAAACUGCUGAAAACACUCAGUGUUUUGUAUUCAGUGAGACCUUCCUGCAAUACUCAGUACCCCCAUGGGUGGUGGUUAACAGGCCCAUCAGAUAUUAUUGAAAGAAAGCAAUAUAUCCAUGAAUGAAGGCUAAAAUUGCAAUCCUUUACCCUUUGAGGCAUAUUUCAGUUGGAAAAAGAAAAGAAAAGAAAAGAAAAACUGGUUUAGCUUAGAGGGUCAUGGAGCUACCGUAUGACCAAGGUUCACACACAUUAAAUCACAGUUGUUUGCUGGCCAAUGGUGCCCAUUAGACGACUCUGUACCCCAGGCUGAAGUACGAUUGUGCUUGAGGGACAGCUUUCCUAAUAUUAUCGUGUUGCCUGCUAGCCCUUCUCAGGGUGAGGAUCUGUCAGCAUUUCCAAGAUAAACUUCUGUUUUCAAAGGUUUUUAAUUUGACCAUAAAAAGGUGCCCCAGGCUGAAGUUUGCUAUAUAGGGCCUGUUCACUUCCUUUUCUGCCUAAUUCUCCCUAGAAAAGGGCAGCAACAACAACAAAUUUGGCAUGUCCCCUUCACUAUAAUUGCAGAAUUGUGGAAAGCACCAAGAAGCAAGAUGGUGGUUUCAACGUAAUGAUUCAUUUGGAUGUGGGUUUAAAAAAACACUAAUGAGUCACCUGGCAUUUAUUGUAGAUAACAUAUCUUUUCUAUAAUUUGUAAAUUGCUAUUUUUUAAACUGCUACAUGAUUAUGAUUAUGAUUUUUUUUUUUCCCAAAGAUCUUUAGGAAACUUGAAGUUGUCAGUUCAAAAGUUAACCUUUCCUGGAUGUUAUCUGCCAUUUCCCUUAGGAAUUUGGGAAAAAUACUCUCAGACCUACCCUUACUUUGCAUGUUGUAAUAGAGGGUCAGAUAUAGGCUUCUUCUGAAGAUGCAGAUUUCUUUAUUCAAUCAUUAGGUUUCAGGAAGCCAUUCUUGUCUGUGGGGGAAAAUAGCGAUUAAAAGCACUUCCAGAAUUAACAUUUUGUCAAUUCAGAUAUGGUAAGAGCAUAAAUCAACACACUUUAUACUUUUUUUGGUUGUUCAAAGGCAAAUAAAUCAACACAACUUGAAGAUACUAAACAUCUGAUUACUGCAAAUGUGCUUUAAAAUUGGCUCAAUGGUGCUUAUACAUAAAACAGUAACAAAUGGGGUUCCUAGGACUGUCAGAAGGAAUCUUUAAUUUGUAUGUAAUUACAUACUCGAGGAGGAGGUGCUUUUAAGCCUGUCUUUUAUUUUUUAAUCAUCUCAAAUAUGCAACCAUCCAUCCAGUAACAUUAAGGGUCGUAAACUGGUGGGAAACAGGAAAUUCAAUGUAGAGGCUUAGAAUGCCUCUGGUUAGGGUGGAUUUUUUCCGUUUUGUGGUUGUUGUUGAUAGGCUUCAACACUGAGGCUGCCGUGAUCAUUUUUCAGUGAUCAAGCUUCUAACUGGCAGGUGUUUUGAUCAUGAGGUUUGCAGUAUCUUGCCCUACAGGAAGAGCGAUCGCUAUAAUUAAACCAUACCUGUAAAUUUCUUCAGCAUUCUUUUUUGGUCAGCUGAAAAGAGACCCUUAAUGUUGCUUUACUGUAAAAUUGUAUAUUUUUGUCUGUGAUAUACUUUAUUGAUUUAAAGUAAAUAAUAGUUCUAAAAGCCUUCACUGUCGGUAUUAAGAGAAAGUAGGAUUUUAAAAGUGAUGAUAAAGAUGCUAUAAUGUCAAUUCAUUCCAGUCCAAUCAAAUGUGGUAAGAAAAAGACCUUGAAUAGUUCUCUAGGGACAAUUUCUCACUUGCCAUUGACAUUAAUCUUUGAUGUAUGCUCAGAAAAAAUAAAAAGAAAUUGAAACUGGUCCAAGGUUAGAGUCAUAGCCUUGAUAACUAUUUUUUUAAUUUUAUUAGGAAAUUAAUAAUAGCCUUUUUCAUUCUGGCUGAAAGAAAAUUAUUAAAGGAUUAGUUGGGUGUGAAAUUAAAUAGUAUUUUGCUCAUGCAUACUAAAAAGGUGGGCUAGGUACUUGAUGUGUUUAAACAAGUUUCUGAAAGGUUUCAAUUUGGUGCAAGAAAAAAAUUCAAUGUUUCCUUUGAAAAUACUGAAUUUAUCAAUUGCUGCAUGGAUCAGAUGGCAUAGGUUAAUCUUUGAUUUUCAGAAUCUUAAUGAAAUAACUUUUGAACGAUUUGUAUCCACGAUUAAAGCUGGAAUGAGAUCCGAUUUUUCCCCUAAUCUCUCAGUUUAAGCUAAUAAAUGUAGGUUAAUGUGGAAUGAAAUCAUCUGUGAUAUAUUAUGUUUAUUUAUCUCAACUGAGCUUUUUUGAUGUUGCCUGUUUUUAUGUAAAACAUGUUCUUAAAGUUAAUAAAACAAUAGUACUUGGUGUAUGAACUACU